GGAGGAUUUGGACCCUUCGGCUCGUGUGCCGAGUCCCGAUCGUCGCCCCCGCAUUCCGAGCUCGACUUGCCAGCGGCAAAUCGACAGCAACGGAGCCUUAUUCGGCCGAAUUGCACUUUACCGCAGCCCCUCUGUGCCACGAGGCGACCGCAGUCGUGCCUUCAAAGGCAUCCGACCGACCGCCCGACCGCCUGCUGCUGCGAAAGCUCGUUCAUGUUGCAGUGGACAAUUGGGACCGCUUUGGCCCGUUACACGUCUCGCUGAUCGGAGCGGAGCGCCCAGUGCGGCCAGUACUUGCGUGUACGGAAGGGGGAGCUCUUGAAACCCCUCUCGGCCCUCUGACUGACUUUUAACCUCGCAACGGCGUGUGCUCUCCCCGCGAGCUCCAGCUGCGAACGAGAGAGCUGACGAGGGCGGUUUGGGUAUUUCUGCUCCCGUAGCUCGUGGAAGGGUGGAAGGCAGGAAGGCCCCGAGGAGAGAGACGGUGCAGGGCGGAUGAUGGACAGAAUAUGCGUGGGGUAAUUCAGGGCCGUCGAAAAUUCUUGCUGGAGCUCGGGGAGGACAGCUUCGACCUCGUCACCAGCGGACAUUGUGUUUAUCGGUCGAAAGGUUUCUCGCAGCGGGUUUUGUAGCGUGGUGUCGAAACAUGGGUAAUCCCGAGGAGAACCGGGUGAAUGUAGCUAGUUCUGGAGUUCCAGACAGGGGAGCGGAGACCCUGAAUCAGCCUUUGAGAGGGGCAGAAUUGCCUCCAAUCGCCAGGGAAGGACAAGGAACAGACAUUUCAACCCUCGCACUUUUGAAGUAUCACCUGAAAGAUUGGUUGAUGGUUGUGAUAAUUGCUGGUCUGGAGAUCGUCGUUUACGUUGUCAUUCCUCCUUUCCACCGAUAUGUGGGUGAAGACAUUAUUGAAAACUAUGAGUAUCCUCGAAAAGAUUUUACGGUGCCCACUUGGAGUGUGCUGGUCAUUGCAGUUUUUAUACCUCUGGCCGUCUUCUUUGCUUACUUCUUAAAAAGAAGAAGUGUCCGGGACUUUCACAAUGCCUUCUUAGGUCUUGGGACAGCGAUUGCCCUGACAGCCCUCCUAACCGACUCGAUAAAGAACACAGUUGGUAUGCCCCGACCCGACUUUUUCUGGAGGUGUUUCCCAGACGGUGUACCGGAGUACCAAGCCAACAAAGAAGUGUUGUGUCACGGGGUCGAAUCUGAUAUCAAAGAUGGUUACAAAAGCUUUCCUAGUGGGCAUGCAUCAUGGUGUUUCGCUGGGCUUGGUUACUUAUCGUUAUACCUUGCUGCAAAGUUCGGCAUCUUCGAUAAGCGAGGACGCACUUUAAGGAUCUUUUGGGUCUUAUUGCCUUUGUUGGCCGCCACUCUCAUCUCGAUUUCACGCGUCUGUGACUAUCAGCACCGAUGGGAAGAUAUCAUAUUUGGUGCUUUAUUAGGCAUAUUUGUCGCAUAUCUCUGCUACAGACAGCACUUUCCUAGCUUCUACUCUGACACAGCUGGAUAUCCGUACAAAUAUAUUCCGGGCACUCAUGGUGAACCAACUGGAGGGUCUAGUGAACGAAGUGAUCUUAUUCCCGGUCGACAAGCGAACGGGGCCAACGACCUGGAAGCAGGACGACUGUAGACUGCGCUUGUAUAUUGACGGGCGUCCUUCAAAUGACAAAUUGACUACAUUUGUCAAAUUAAUUUCCGAUCAGAAGGAUCACCAAUACUAGAUUAAAUUUAGACGUACUGCCAGGUAAUUUACCAAAAUUGUUCUCUUCCAAGUUAAUUGUGUAAAUAGCAAUGUUCUGGAAUCAAAACUGCUCUAUCGGUUAUGUGUAGCCUGUUGGUUUCCUUUUAUGUGUCGAAAGUCUUUGCCAGUAAGCUGCUGCUGAGGCAACAAUGAAAGCAGCCGGUCGUGUGAUCACCACAUGUAUCAGUAAAGGAAGUUAUUGCGUUGCGGAAAUCAA